CAGGCGGGACGGUCCCCGGCUCCCUCACUCUGCCUCUUUCCAACCCCGGACAGGCUCGUUCUUUCCUCCCUGGACACUUGCUCUGUCCUUCUCCGGGAGUGUGGCAUCCUUGGGCGCAGAGUCCCAGCGGGCACGGCGGCUAGACGCAACCCUCCCCCGCAGGUCCUCCAGACUCAACCCGAACAUGUUGGACGGCCUGAAGAUGGAGGAGAACUUCCAAAGUGCGAUCGAGACCUCGGCCUCCUUCUCCUCUUUGCUGGGCAGGGCGGUGAGCCCCAAGUCCGUCUGCGAGGGCUGUCAGCGGGUCAUCUCGGACAGGUUUCUGCUGCGGCUCAACGACAGCUUCUGGCACGAGCAGUGCGUGCAGUGCGCCUCCUGCAAGGAGCCCCUGGAGACCACCUGCUUCUACCGGGACAAGAAGCUUUACUGCAAGUUCCACUAUGAGAAACUGUUUGCUGUCAAAUGUGGGGGCUGCUUCGAGGCCAUUGCACCCAAUGAGUUUGUCAUGCGUGCCCAGAAGAGCGUGUACCACCUGAGUUGCUUCUGCUGCUGUGUCUGUGAGCGACAGCUGCAGAAGGGUGACGAGUUUGUCCUGAAGGAGGGCCAGCUGCUCUGCAAAGGGGACUAUGAGAAGGAGCGGGAGCUGCUGAGCCUCGUGAGCCCAGCGGCCUCAGACUCAGGCAAAAGCGAUGAUGAAGAGAGUCUUUGCAAGUCAACCCAUGGGGCAGGGAAAGGAACGUCAGAGGACGGCAAGGACCAUAAGCGACCCAAACGUCCCAGAACCAUCUUGACCACUCAGCAGAGGAGAGCAUUCAAGGCCUCAUUUGAAGUAUCCUCCAAGCCCUGCAGAAAGGUGAGGGAGACCCUGGCUGCGGAGACAGGGCUGAGUGUCCGUGUGGUUCAGGUGUGGUUCCAGAACCAGAGAGCCAAGAUGAAGAAGCUGGCCCGACGGCAGCAGCAACAGCAGCAGGAUCAGCAGAACACCCAGAGGCUGAGUUCUGCUCAGACAAACGGUAGCGGGAGUGCCGGGAUGGAAGGGAUCAUGAACCCCUACACAGCAUUGCCUACCCCACAGCAGCUGCUGGCCAUUGAGCAGAGCGUCUACAACUCUGACCCCUUCCGACAGGGCCUCACCCCACCCCAGAUGCCCGGAGAUCACAUGCACCCCUAUGGUGCAGAGCCUCUCUUUCAUGACCUGGAUAGUGACGACACUUCUCUCAGUAACCUGGGUGACUGCUUCCUAGCAACCUCAGAGGCUGGCCCCCUGCAGUCCAGAGUGGGAAACCCCAUUGACCAUCUGUACUCCAUGCAGAAUUCCUAUUUCACCUCUUGAGCCCUCUCCUAGAAUUUCGUGGCUGGGCUCCCAUAUGGAACAACCGUGCUGUUUGAGGGGCGUGAGGGACUCUAGGGUGGGGAGGCCAGAGAAGUGGGCUGGGGGGUAGGCUUGCUGGGGAUGCUGUUGUAUAAUGAGUUGAUGUAGCUCAGCAUUUCCAAAGACUGAAUACAUUAUGGAUUGCAUAGUUUAAUGUUUCUAAUGAGAAUCUUAGUGUUAGGUAUGAAGAAGAUGUGUUUAUCAUUAAGGACAGGGACUUUUAAUAUAGACAUUCUCAAGCGAACUAGAUGCCUAGGGACUCCUAACAGCUUCCCACUGUGGGGAAGUACUUGUCAAGAGGUGCUGUAUGUCUAUUCACCUACACACCAAUAGGCAGACAGAUAGAUGUGUGCGUGUGUGUGUGUGAGUGUGUAACCCUUUCCACUUUAUCAUCAAAGUUUAUCCCUAAUUAUAACAGACACCAACUGUACAGCGAAAGUAACUUUAUUUUCAGUGUGAACUAUAUUUAAGGAAAUUCUUGAUGCACUUAAGUUAUGAAAUGAAAUAAUUUACUUUUAUAAGCUUUAUUUUUAGUUUGGAAAGACUCAUCGGCAGGGCAGAGAGGGCUGCUCCAGCUGGCCCCAUGGCUUUGAGUGCUUGAGUUUGUUCUGUUUUCAGAGUAUCAUUGAGGUCUAGGAAGCAGCUCUCCACUGGCUGGCAGCAUUCUAGGGUGGACUCAAGCUCGUUCUGGUGUUGAGUCACUGAGCCUGGGUGGGACAGAGCAAGCCCUGAACGGGAUUUUGGGCUCGCUGGCAUGGGAUUGCUGGGAAGCAUCAGUGAGGUUGUUUCUACCCCUGGAUUCAGCCUCAAUAAGUGGAUGAAGUUGAUAGCGAUGUCUACCUCCCUCUCUCUGAGUGUGGAUGAGGUUGAAGCCACACCUACCUCCCUGGGGACAUUGGGGCUCCACACCAGGACAUGAUCAAGGCUGAGACUAGAAUCUGAUGUGAAUUAAAAUGUAAUAGGAUCAUGCGCCUGAUGAUAGAAGAGACCUGGGACCACAGAGCAGAAAGUUCCUGUACCCCAAGUCUUAGCCCUCUGCACAGCCCACAUGAGAGAGACACAGCUCCGAGGGCUGGAGACAAUGCUCCAUCUGGGAAGGUAGAAGAGGCAUGGUAGGAUGGAAUUCUCGAGCAAGUGUUGACUUGCACAUCUGCUUUUUAAAUUUAAUUUACGUUAGUUUUGUUUUUACUAUGCACCCAGAAAGCCUGAAUUACUUGUGAUCUCUGUUUGUCUCUUUCUUGAGGGCCCAUAGUCUAGAAGGCCUGUUUAUAAGCAACCUCACAGAGCUCAUAGAGGCGGAGAGGACCAGGCAGGUACCCAGGGCUCUUCCUUUCAACUCAGUUUGCUGACCCUGAGCACAGGAAGACCCAGCAGCCUUUGUACACAGGGAUGGUUCCAUGCCCUGAUCUCCAGUUUGGUGCUAGGAUGGGAUCUUCUGUGUUAGGAUCCUUCCGGGGGAAGCAGAGUGAUUCAGGGGAAGAAGGACUCCACUGAGAGGAGCUGUGACAGGCGUGGCCUCAUGCCUGUGGACAUCACCAGAGCCUUGACCACACCCACGUAUCCACUUCACCCUCUGCAAGGCCAGAGGAAGCAUGUCCCUUAGUGGUAGAGUCUGUGUGUGUGUGAUUUUUUUUUGUGUGUGUUCUUCUUUAUAAUUUAUACAAACCACCAGGACCCCCAAACCAGACUGUUGAGUGAGAAUGAGGCAGGUGCAGGUGGCCCUGAAGGUGUCUGCGUUGCUGGUUGUUUGGAUGUAGCAAAUAUUAUGUGAAUGAAAGCAAACAGAGAUCCUUAAUUCUACUCUACAAUGACAUACCGAGAUGAAAUUAAA